AGAAAUCUAUUCUUUAUUAUCAAUAUGCCUGGACUCAUUUCAACUGAAGAAAGUAAAGUUAUAAGAAAAAUAUUAAUUCCAAUUUAUGAAAGUUCCGAAGCACAUAAAGCAAUAUCAUGGUAUGUUAAUAAUCUGAAACUUUCUGGUGAUUUGAUUAUUUUCUUACAUGUUAUUGAACCUAUUCUACCAUCUGCUUUAUCUGGAUUAUCAAGUCAAUAUGAAACAAUGCCAUAUAAUGAUAAAUAUCAUGUAUCUGAAAAAAUAAUGAAUAAAGCUAAAUUAUUAUGUCAAGAAGUUGUACAUGAAGCAAAUAUAUAUGGUAUCAAAUCGGAAGCAUUGAUACAAAUUGAUACAAAACCAGGUCCAGCUAUCAUUAAAAUGAUUCAUGAACAACAUAUUGAUAAUAUUAUUAUGCUUAAACGUAGUUUAAAUUUUAUUCAACGUGCAAUUACUGGAAGUGUUAGUUCAUAUGUAUUACAUCAUUCUAAUAUACCAGUUACUAUUCUAUCAACAAUGAAUAAUUAAAAUUUAUUAAAGAUAACAAGAUUAUGAACCUCUUUUUUUUCAAAAAAAAUAAAUAAUAAUAAAACGCAUUUUCAGUAUUGUACGUAUAUAUAUAUAUAUAUGGAAAUAGAUAAUAUUAUUACAUAAUUCAUUCAAAGAAAUAUUGAAAUUGGACAAUGAACAAUGAAGGCACUUUAUUUGAACAUUGAAAUGAUCAACGGCCC